GCAGUCUAGAGGAAUGUAGUUGCCUUCAGUGGGAGUUGAACUGGAGCUGGCUAACGGCUAGCCUAGUGAGCUGAGUUUGAGCUGAGAGACGCAAAGAAGAGGGAUGAAAACAUGCCUCACUUCACAGUCGUACCGGUGAAGGAUCAGGCUGAGUCCAGCUACGACAGUUUGGAAGGGAUUAACUGGGUUGACUACAGGGACACAGGACAGGAUUCCCCUGACCAUCAAGAUGGUGCAGAUGGACAUGGAAAUCAUAAAGAAGACAGCCCUUUUCUUAACAGUGCCGAUACCGCCGGCAGGAAGAAUGACUUCUAUGACAGGAACCUGGCUUUAUUUGAGGAAGAGCUGGACAUCCGGCCGAAGGUUUCCUCUCUGCUCAGCCGCUUGGUCAACUACACUAGUAUCACGCAAGGUGCCAAGGAGCAUGAAGAGGAAGAAAGUGCUGAAGCCUCACGGAGGAAGACCCCCAAGUCUCCCAACAUGGGCACACUGAUGGGCGUCUACCUGCCAUGUCUCCAGAACAUCUUUGGGGUCAUUCUCUUCCUUCGACUAACGUGGAUUGUGGGGAUGGCCGGCAUUGUACAGUCCCUUCUGAUCGUCCUCAUGUGCUGCUCAUGUACAAUGCUAACAGCCAUAUCUAUGAGUGCCAUUGCAACCAACGGUGUUGUUCCAGCUGGAGGGGCAUAUUUCAUGAUCUCACGCUCACUUGGCCCUGAGUUUGGAGGAGCAGUGGGGCUGUGCUUCUAUUUGGGCACCACCUUUGCCUCUGCUAUGUACAUUCUCGGAGCCAUCGAAAUCUUCUUGAAAUAUCUGGUCCCUCAGGCGGCUAUUUUUCACUCCGCUGAUCACCUUGGUGGCGAGAGUGCCCUGCUCAACAACAUGCGAGUGUACGGCAGCCUGUGCCUCAGCCUUAUGGCUGUGGUGGUUUUCGUGGGGGUCAAAUAUGUCAACAAGUUGGCCUCCCUAUUCCUGGCCUGUGUUAUUAUCUCAAUCGUCUCAAUCUACGCUGGGGCAAUAAAAUCCCUGACUCACCCGCCGGAAUUCCCGAUAUGUAUGUUGGGCAACAGGACUUUGGUGAAAGAUGACUUUGAGGAAUGUGCAAAAACUGUGGUAAUAGGGAACAUUACAGUGCUCAGUCAGCUAUCGAAACGGUUCUGCAUCGGUGGGAACCUGAGCACUGCUCAAUGUGAUGACUAUUUUAUCCAGAAUAACGUGACAGAGAUACAGGCCAUUCCUGGACUGGGCAGUGGGAUUAUCAGAGAAAACAUGUGGAGCAACUACUUACAGAAAGGAGAGAUCUUAGAAAAGGCAGGGCUGCACUCAGUGGAUGCCCACAGUCCCACGGAGAACUUCAUCAACUAUGUGUCGGCAGACAUCGCUACGUCCUUUACACUUUUGGUGGGAAUCUUCUUCCCAUCUGCUACAGGUAUCAUGGCAGGCUCUAACAGAUCCGGGGAUCUCAGGGACGCUCAGAAGUCCAUUCCUGUGGGAACCAUUUUAGCCAUUACAACUACUUCACUUGUUUAUUUAAGUUCUGUGGUCCUGUUUGGGUCCUGUAUUGACGGAGUAGUCUUGAGGGACAAAUUUGGAAAUGCUGUUGAACAGAAUCUUGUUGUGGGCAUUCUCUCGUGGCCAUCUCGAUGGGUUAUUGUCAUCGGCUCCUUCUUCUCUACUGUUGGUGCGGGCCUACAGUCCCUCACUGGCGCCCCAAGGCUUUUACAAGCGAUUGCCAAGGACAACAUUAUUCCCUUCCUCAGGGUGUUUGGUCACGGAAAGGCUAAUGGAGAGCCAACAUGGGCUCUGCUGCUAACUGGCCUGAUAGCGGAGCUGGGAAUACUUAUUGCCUCACUGGACAUGGUUGCUCCCAUCCUGUCCAUGUUCUUUUUGAUGUGCUAUCUCUUUGUAAACUUAGCCUGUGCAGUGCAAACUCUCUUGCGGACACCCAACUGGAGGCCAAGGUUCAAAUACUACCAUUGGGCUUUAUCAUUCCUUGGCAUGAGUAUGUGUCUGGCUCUCAUGUUCAUAUCUUCCUGGUACUAUGCCAUAGUGGCCAUGGGAAUUGCAGGAAUGAUCUACAAAUACAUUGAAUACCAAGGGGCAGAGAAGGAGUGGGGAGAUGGAAUAAGAGGACUGUCGCUCAGUGCUGCACGUUAUGCCCUGCUGAGGCUAGAAGCUGGACCUCCUCACACCAAGAACUGGAGGCCACAGUUACUGGUGCUGUUAAAGCUAGAUGAGGACCUUCAUGUGAAAUAUCCACGGAUGCUCACCUUCGCGUCACAGCUGAAGGCAGGAAAGGGACUGACCAUCGUUGGCUCUGUCAUUCAGGGCAACUUCUUGGACAGCUACGGGGAAAUGCAGGCAGCUGAACAGGCCAUUAAACACAUGAUGGAGAUUGAGCGGGUCAAAGGUUUCUGCCAAGUUGUCGUGGCAGCAAAAGUACGGGAAGGCAUCGCCCACUUGAUCCAGUCCUGUGGUCUGGGUGGGAUGAAGCACAACACUGUGGUAAUGGGCUGGCCGUACGGUUGGAGACAGAGUGAAGACCCUCGAGCCUGGAAGACUUUUAUCAACACAGUCCGCUGCACAACAGCUGCCCACCUGGCCCUGAUGGUCCCCAAAAAUGUGUCAUUUUAUCCAAGCAACCAUGAACGCUUCACAGAUGGGAACAUUGAUGUGUGGUGGAUUGUCCACGAUGGAGGAAUGCUGAUGCUGCUGCCUUUCCUGCUCAAACAGCACAAGGUGUGGAGAAAGUGCAAGAUGCGCAUCUUCACUGUGGCCCAGAUGGACGACAAUAGCAUCCAAAUGAAGAAAGACCUGGCCACGUUCCUGUAUCAGCUGAGAAUAGAGGCGGAGGUGGAGGUGGUGGAGAUGCACAACAGCGACAUCUCAGCUUACACUUAUGAGAGAACCCUAAUGAUGGAGCAGAGGUCCCAGAUGUUACGGCAAAUGAGGCUAUCCAGUGCAGAAAGACAAAGAGAGGCCCAGCUGGUUAAAGACAGACACUCAUUGGUGCGUAUGGGCAGUCUGUACUCCGACGAGGAGGAGGACGUGAUGGAGGUUCCUCCAGAGAAGGUUCAGAUGACGUGGACUAGAGAGAAGUGCGAGGCCGAGAGGCGAAACCGAAACAAUGCUCCGGAAAACUUCAGAGAACUCAUGAGCCUCAAACCGGACCAGUCCAAUGUGCGCCGCAUGCAUACAGCUGUGAAGCUCAACGAAGUAAUAGUUAACAGGUCUCACGAUGCCCGAUUAGUGCUGCUCAACAUGCCAGGCCCACCACGCAAUACAGAUGGAGAUGAGAACUACAUGGAGUUUCUGGAGGUGCUGACAGAAGGUUUGGAAAGAGUGAUGUUGGUCAGAGGAGGAGGGCGGGAGGUCAUCACGAUUUACUCAUGACCAGUUUGGAGUUGUUAGAGGCAGUGACCACAUCAGAGUACAUUCCACCAUGUGACAGGAAGCAGCACAUGCUUUGCUUUUAAGUAUUUUUGUUUGGAGGGGGGUACUUUUGGGUGCAAAAGACGUUAGUUCUAUUCUUGUAGAAUAUUGAUCAUCUGCUGAUGACUGCCAUUCUGUUCUUUCAUGACACUUGGAAGUCACUAUUUUCAUUUGAAUUCACGACCAGUUAACAAACCAUUUUUAUUUGUGAUAUGGACUGUAGAUUAAACACAUGUUUUUUCAUAAACCUGUAUUUUGCAGUUUGCUCACCAAGUCAAGCAGAAGAAGAGCCCAGUCUCAUGUCAGAACUUGUAGCAACAUCUGUCGACUUAAUGAGAACCUUAUCCACCUUAAUCCCCACACCCCAUGAGGCUUUGUGAGGAUAUCUGGAACUGCAUUCUUGCAUGUAUACAAACGCUCUCUUGCAGAGCAAAUACACACUAAAACAAACGCGAGCAUAAACUUUUAAGGGCUAACAUAAUCAUUUCAGUCUGUUCAUCUUUCAAAUGGCCUCUGAUUAUGAAUACUAGCAUAUAUAGUUACUGUAUUGCUAUAGAUUGCUGAAUCAAUGAACAACCAAAAAAGUUCUGAGGCGUAUCAAUAUUAUCAAUUUGACACUAAUAUGGUUGAUUGUGCCAUUUUGGUGGAGGCCAAAGACAACCUAAUUUACCUAAAAGCAAGGUAAAAUAUGUGGCAAUGAGGUCAAACCAUUAGCACCACACAUCAACUUGGGUUCUUGCGUUAAUGUUGGAUGAAGUAUAAAUGGUAGGCUGCUCCUGUGUUGUGUUGCCAGUUUGAUUUAGCAGUCAUGCAGGUGUAAAUAUUAUAAAACAUAAAAACAUAUUAUAGGGCUGCAUAAUAUCAGAAAACAUUUAAAAAUGGUAGUACUGUUAUGACAAUAUUGAUUACGGUUAAAUAGUUUUCCUGUUUUUCUUUCUUUUUAUUGCAGCACAUUGCCCCACCUAUUUUUUAUUAACUUUAGUAUCAGAGCCAAAAAGUCAGAAAAAUAAUGUUCCUAUUCUAUUAAGUUUUCUGCUUUUCUGCAACAUAUUAGAUUAAUACUCCAACCUGGUGACAUCAAACAGCACAGAAAUGUGGAAAAGGGACAUGAAGGGAUGCACAUUAUUUUAAUAUUGUUUCAUUUUAGAAUUAUACCUAACAUUCUGUCUGCGGUGAGACUAUUAGGGGAGCUUUACAAAGACAUGUGCAUAAAUUUGUGGUUGUAGAAACCAUCAAUAAAGAGUAAACAUAUCUAAACUGCAAACAAGUUCCUUCAAGAGUACAGUUUGCUACACUUGAACGGAUACCAAAACAAAUUUGCUUUAUCGCAACCUUUGGUAUGUGGUUAGAUAAUGUUCCCAGAAUCCACCCUACAGCAGCACCACAAGGAAUAAGGUGGAUAAUGUGAAUAUCAAAUUACAUUGACAGAGGAUCUUUUUGCAAAUUGUUAUCUUAGUGGGCAAAACUGACUCCAGGCAAGCCUAUACUAACAAGGUUACUUAAGGAACAAAAGGGCUUGAAAUUAAUUGAAAAGCCUUAGCUUAAUCUGUGUCCAUCAAUCUAAAUCUGUGUAUAAGUCUAGUUUUUGUUUUAUUUUAAUAUGGAAGUCAGUGCUGCUAGAAGAACAACAGAUACAAUUAUUCUAAGUUAGCAGAUAUUGAUUCAUAAACUGAUUUUCUUUUUAAAGGAUAUUUUAUUUAUUCUUUUUAAGAAAAAAAUAUUUAUAUUUAAUUUAUUUUCGGAACAUUUUCCCUCUAUUACAUAUACAGGAAAUAAAACGUAUUAUGUGAUUGCCUAAUAUUUAAUGUAAACAAGUAAAAAAAAAAAAGUUACGAUUCGUAUUUUUGCUGAUACACAGUAUUUUUGCUGUUAGAGAGGAUAAAACUUUAUUUUUCCAGUACAUGGUUUUAUUGAGGCUUUUAUUCAGGAAACCUGGAAACUCCGUAGGUGAAAAAAAGUGUGGCUUAAAAAAAGAGGAUUAUCCUUCAAGAUCUUGUCCACAAGGUUUUCAUUGUAUUUAUAUUAGAAUUUAUGUUUUUUCCAGCUCUCACUUUGAUGAAUUUGCAUCUCAUAAAUAACUGCAUCUGUUUUUCUGUUGUACAUCACAUUUCUACAGUCAAACAUUUUCAAUAUCUGACAAACAAGAAACACAAAUAAAUCAUCACAACUAAUAGCAAAGUAACCUAAAAUUGGAAUUAUAUUUUGAGAUAUUAAGCUAUUCCUAGAUGAAUAUGUUUUCCUAUUUAAAGUUUCUGUAAAAGCUAAUAGUAUUUUUACACAACUCAGCACGUGCACAAGGGAACGGUUGUUUCAAUUAUUAUUAAAUGUUUGUAAAAAAAAAUGUUAA